CAUAGGGGCAACUGAGACUUAACAGCUCACAUGCUAUACACUUAAGCACGUUUAACAUUUCAACUCAAGCACUGCUACUACAUCUUGUACACAUAAAGAACAGUUUGCCUAUUGCAAUCUUUCUCAUACACUGCACACAACACAGCAUUUCAUUGGCAAAAUUUCAGUUACACACACAAGCAGCACCAGAGUAAAAACACAAAUGUGCUUUUGUAAUACAGUAAUAAUGUCAUGAGAACAAUGAUUUUUGAAUUUUCAAAUCUCUGAACAGUCGUUAUGUUUGUUUUAAUAUUGCCAGAAUAGAUAGAAACAUUUUUAUCUCAUCACAUCAUUCAACACAAGUUUGUAAAAGUCUGAUCAUCCAAAAUGGGAGAAAGUACAGACUGGACAGAUUAAUAAAUUACAUGUCUGGGACAUCACACAUUUAGUUCUCCCUUGCACACUUUGCACCUGGAACUUUGAAUUAAAAAUGGGUUUUUUUACUUCAAGGAACAUUUGGAAAAUUUAAAUCCAUGAUUGGUUGGUUGGGUUUUUUCCCUCCAGAAAAAAAGAGCAUAACUUCUGCAUGUUCUGAGAUUCCAGUUCAAUGCCAUCCCUGUCCUGUGUUUUUUCAACUUUGACCUGUUAAGUUUUAAAAUAAAAUCUUGCGGUAACUGAGGCUCUUUUUAAAAGUGAUUCAAAUGUACAUGGGAUUUCAUCACCCCACCUUGCAGUAGGGAAAUACCAGACAACAUUAGCUAAGGAAUAUUACUUUCAGGUCACUUGGGAUUUGACAGUAAAAUGAAGAGCCAGGGCCUUGUCAAAGCGGUGCCAGUUAUCCAACAGAAUGUGAGGCAAUGGACCAAUUCCCCAUUAUAACCUACAGAGAGACUGUAAACAACCUACAGAGACACUGUAAACAAAUACUAAAGGGCCAUGAAGAUCACUUUCUGUAUUUCAUUAAAACAGGGAGCAGUUUCAUACUCACAAAAUUCACAGUUCAGUACUGGUGUCAUGUCACUCCAGGUUAGGCAGCAGAUGACACCUCCAGCCCCAGAGACUGAUGUGUUUUAGGGGGGUUAAAAGUUGCUCACCCCACCUUGUGAGGCAAUUUGUGUGCUACAGAUUCUCAAAUAUAAAAGCUACUCAGAGUUUGGCAUCCAGCACAUGAUUGCUGCCAGUCAAGCGGAUUUAAGGGCAUAUUUUAAUCUCUCUCACAUUAUUCUGGUCCUGGAAUUUUUUGCUUCGAGCUCAUAGUAAUGCUGAGUUGGGUAACUCAGGCCAGGGCAAGGGGCUCCCCAUGAUAGGUGUUAGUUUACAAAGAUGGCAGUGUUUUCUAAUGCUAAUGUAUUCCCAUGCUGCAUACCUCAACUAACAGUUUCAUCUCUAACAAACGCACUGGAAUAUGCUGAUAGCUCUAACUCGACAGCACAAUAUCAUACAGACAGGGGCCAGUGCCAAAUGGUUAGUUAAGCAGAUAAGAAAGGCACUCAUUCUUCCUUUAAAAAAAAAAAAAAAAAAAAAAAAGGAAGCUAUUGCAGUCAGGCAGACAGAGUGUGGAUGGGAGCUGGCAGAUUCCACAAUACAGAGUCACGUCAAAAAUGGCCUCCUGCAAACUGUUCCUUCAAGCAUUUGAGUCAGCCAAAAGGGAGGAAUCUUUCCCAUUAUCCACAGGAGUUUUACCUCCCUAUUCCACAGCAAAGCAACAUUUCCUAUACAUUUUGACAUAAAAGCAUGUAAGAAGCUCAGAGAAUAAAUUGCACUCUGCAGCAGAGGAAAACUCCUCUCCCCACUUUCUGUUUCCAGUCCUAAAGUUGAGUCGGGACUUUAUUUUGACAGUUCCCUGGUCUGUGAAUGGAAAAUCCCUCCUCAGCACUAGCAGGCUGGUGUCUGCUGCACACACCCACUGCACACAGCAGAAAUUCCAGUCAAUAAGGCAAGUGGGGCCCAGGCGCUGGGAGGGGAGGAAGGAGACAUACAAACAAUAAGAAAAGCAUCUGGCUCUGUUACUGGCUGGGAAGGAGACUGGAGUUCAAAAAAGACACAACUGCAGCCUUCACUUCACAGGAAGAUCAUAUCAAUUCUUGCUGCCCUACUUUUCACACAGACCAAAAUAUGUGGAAAAGGUAACCUGGGGCUUCCAACCCACACUUUAAUGCAAUUCCAUUAACUCAAGAACGGUGAUGAAACCCACCUUGGACGUUUUUGUCCCACAGGACGAAAACAUAUCCCUGCUCCUGCUUUAGGCCUGUGGAAUCAGCCCAAAAAGUAAAGUCCUUUGCUGAACAUGAGUGAGCCAUCCCUCUACCACCACACUAAUGGAGGCUGCUCUGCUGUCCUUCCCUGGAGAUAGCAGCCAAGUCUAGUGAAGCUUUUCUCAUAGCAACCAGAGCUCCAGAGCCAACAGCAGCUGCUGUCACUGCCUUCAACGCUUACCCACAGGAUCCAGAGCACAGCAACACCCUCCUCCCUGCACCUCUACAGCAAAAGAAAAAAAAACCCUGAAUGCCGGCAACAAGAUGACUUCCUGGGUCAACCACAAGAAGAAGAAAAAAAUAAAUCCUAGUAUUUCCUAUACAAGUGAAAAGAGGAAUCUCUGAUUAUUGAAAAAAAAAAAAAAAGAAAUUCCUUUUUUGGAUUUAGAUUCUGGCAGCAACACCCAGUCAGGGUGGGGGCAACUGCCUGAAAUCCAUAAUGUACCAGCACACCAUCAGACACCAACAUCAAGUUCUUCCCUCACCCAAGGAGAGAGGUUCGCCCCCGCCGUACCCCCAACGCUCUCAUUACAUCAUGGCCCGAGCCCGCAGCAGCCACAGGAGCCCUGCAGCACCCCGUGACCUCUCCAGCCCCGCAGAACACGCUCUUCCCCCCCAGCAGCGCACCCAGGAUCUCAGCUGGUGUCAGAGGAGCACGAGGACACGGCCGGGAAGGGGCUGCGAACCCCUCCUCGCUGCUACACCCAUCUCCCCCGCUUCCACAGGGCCACACGCGGCCUCGCCUCUCUCCCUCCCCCGGGACGGCGAGACACUGCCCGGCGCCGCUUCCCCGCCCGGCCCGGCGGUGAACUCCGGUCACCGGCACCCAAGGACGAGCCGCCGGUCGACAGUGACCUUGCCGGUGCCGUCGGGGGUCGGAGCGCGGGUAGCGCGGCGGGGAACCCCCCCUGCGCCGGCGGUGGCCGCGGUGACGGGCGAGGAAAUGCGGGAGGAUCCUCGCUGCAGCCGCCGGCGCCGGGAGCGGGGGUUACGGAGGAAGGCGCCGCGCGGGCACCAUGAGAAAGCAGAAAAUGCAGGUCAAACACCGCCUCCACCGAGGCCCGGAGGGGCCGGCGGUUCGGGGCGGGCAGCCACAGCCCGGAGGCUGCCCCGAGCCGGACAACGACCCCCGAGGCCCCUCGGGACAAUGCGAGGACACGGGGGCGCGGAGAAGGCCGGGCUGCAGCGGGGCUUCACCGGCGCUCGCCUUCACCGACAAAGCCCCGCGGCCGCUCCAGCCCCAACUCCGGCCCUGGCACUGCACCGGCCACCAGCGUCCCGAGCCCGCGCACCGCCGGGCCCGCCAUGAUGCCCGCACACCGCGCCGGACCGGGUCAGCUCGGGCCGGGCCUCCGGGGGCACGGCGGGGCGCUGCUGACCGGGCUGCCAAGGCAGCGCAGAGCAGAGCGUCAGACCGCGGGCCGCGCAGGAGCUCCCGCGGCCGCCCGCCCAGCCGCCCGCCCCAGCGUUCCCUCCCGCCACCGGGUACGGCCGGUUCCCGCCUGCCC